AUGGGACUGACACAAAUCCCCACCAACACCAACCUAGGAGGAUGUGAAGAUGAUCAUAAAAAGUCUCAUGCUAGGAACAAGAACCGGCUCUUUGUAACUGCACUGUGGGACUCUCAGGAGCAGAGGAAGAACAGUGGCUCUGGUUUCAGGAUCACUGGCAGGAAUGCUGGGAGCUCACAGCAAGCUGGACAGUACAAGAAAUGCUUCUCACCCACAAAAGCAAGAACUGCUUUGAAAGUUGUCAGGAAGAGCAUUUGCACCAUUGUCCUUCUCACCAUUGCUACAGUCACAGGAGCUGCAGGGUUAGUGAUGACUGUAGGUAUCAGCUCAGUUCUCACCUGCCCGCUUAAAGGAAAUAUGACUCUGCUAAAAUGGACAAUAACCCCCAAGGCUGGAGGCCCUUUCACCUUGGUAUACAGGGUUGAUACAAAUGUGACACACAGAACAAACUGCAGUGACAACAUAAACUGGACAUUCAGAGCAGGUCUGCCUCCUGCCCUUGAGAUACGACAAGUGGGAAUAGCCCAAGAGGGAAAUUACAGCUGUGAAAUGGCAACAACAGAAGGGAAUUUCCACAAGAUGUACCACCUGACCGUGCUCGGUCCCAUCCAACUUAAACCAUUCUGUGAUUCGAUGGGAUGGGACCUGUGCGAGGCAGCGGUGGGGAAGCCGCCGGCUCAGCUCUCGUCUCCAGGGAGCAGCUCCACUGCAGAGGAGAAGUGCCACGACAACAGGACAGUGACUGUUCUCAGCAAGUUCACAGCGUGUAGCACCAAUGUCACCAAUGUGACCACCUGCAUGGUGUCCCACCCAGCUGGGAACUGGAGCCAGUCCAUAGCCUGCUGUCCCUCAGAGAAAAGUGGAUGCUUUCUUCCCUGUGUCAUCAGCCUUACUGGCCUCAUGAGUCUCCUCUUCCUGCUGGCUGCUUUUGAGCUCUACAUCUUUUUUAAUAGUUAUGUCAACACCAUGACCAGUGGCAACUACUUAUAG